AAUAUGCCAAACAAUAAUUCUUCCCCAAAAACGUCAGAGUGCACUAUCAGCCAAUACUCCUGCCUGUCCAGGGGUGGAAUUUAGGGUGGUGAAUAUUUGGGUUUCCCUGGGGUAGAUGGAGACGCCCUGAGCCGAGGCUGCAGAGCUCAGUCUGCCUGAAGUGUGGGAGGUAAGCGGAUGUGUGUGCAUUAGCCGUAUAGAAUGUUACUAAUGUAUCUCUUUGGAAUCUUUGCAACAUUGUAUCAUUGUGGGCGAUCCACAAGCAAUAACAAGGGGGUUUGUUUACAAAUAACCAUUAAUAACAUGGGUGAUUCACUCCUGUAGCUGUCAAUCAGUCAAUCCUGUAAGAGAGUCUAUAUUUGAUCUGUUUUGGCUUUUCAAAAAGUUCUCUUUUAACCCUGUGUGUUCCAAUGGGUUUAGGAACAUAAUGCUGCUCUCCCAUCUUUCAUUUAUCAAAUGGGGUAUGUUUUAAACUCUAUUUUUUUUAAAUGAAAAAAUGGCAGUUUGCUCACCCCUGAUAUAAAAUGGAUCAGUUCUCACUAGAAGGUUGCUUGAAGUUUGGAAUAUCAUAUGAAUCAAUCAAGUCGUGUGGUUAUUUUUGAGUGACUGUUAUAAAAUACAGUCAAAUAGACACACACGUACACACUAUUGUUGAUGUACUAAUAUGUACCUCUGCAAUUGAGAAUCAAUAUUCAGAAAUCUGUAUAAGCUGUACAAUUUGAAGGGAAGGAGGUUUAAAAAAAAAACCAUAACUGUACUUUUUGUAGUUUAAAUGUGGUGGUGAUGGUGUGAACAUGUCAAAUAAUACAGAAAACCAGGUUAUUCAUUAAAUAUCAAUUUUGCCAUGGUAGAAUCAGAAAAUAAUCAGAUUGGCCCUAAAAAACUCAACAAGUACGUUGAAAUUUCCCAAACAAUUCCAAGGUUGUUGCAAGGAAUUAAAUGCUUGUGAUGAGGGAAAGGGGGUAUUUUUGCAUGUUUACCCUUCUGGUGGAAGAGGUACCCUGAAAGGAAAUAAUAUAUUCAUGCCCUAUUAAAGAGACACUAUAUACACCAAAACAAUUUUAGUUUAAUGAAGCUGUUUUGGUAUAUAGAUCAUGCCUCUGCAGUGGCAUUGCUUAAUUCUCUUUCAUUCAGGAGUUAAACCACUUAGUUUUUUUAGCCCUAGUCACAUCCCCCUGCAUGUAACUUACACAGCCUUCUUAAAUACUUCCUCAAAAAAGUGAGAUCUAAUGUUUACACUUCCUUUAUUGCACAGUCUGUUUAAUUUAGAAUCUCCUGCACUGUUAUUAGCCAACCAGACCCUGUGGGAGCCUCCUGUGUAUUAUAAAAGUAACAUUUAUAGAGAAGAAUAUAAAAACUUCUAAAGCAAGUUAAUAUAUGAUUUGAAAAUGAAAAAAAAAUUUCAUGCAGGCUGUGAGAGUCGCAUCUAGGGGAGGUGUGGCUAGGGCUGCAUACACAAAAACAAAAGUGAUUUAACUCCUAAAUGGCAGAUAAUUAAGCAGUGAGACUGCGGAGGCAUGAUCUAUACACCAAAACGGCUUCAUUAAGAUAAAGUUGUAUUGGUUACUAUAGUGUCCCUAUAAAUCACACAAUGGUAGAAGGAGUGGGUUUACUCUGUUACAUAUAUCAUCACCAUGGUUAAUGGGAGGUCUUUGAGAGACCUGAUUUAAAAAAUAUAUAUACAUUUAUUUACAUUAACUUUUCACAUUUUGCCUGCUGUCAACGCUCUCUAUUAAUAAUAACAAAGUAUUGCAUCAUGUCUUCUUACAUUCUGUACCAAUGCCAGUUUGUGUAAAAACAACAUUCAAAACGAAAUUACUGAAUAAAUCUUACAAUGGCAACCGUAUAACACAAUCUGAAACAAGACGACAGCUGUAUAUUGUUUCCUAUUGCAAAUUAAUUUGUUGUAAAUAUACAGUAAAGGUCAACAGUAUUCAAUCAAAUCAUUUAGCAUUUAAAAAAAUAACUCAAUUUUACUGGGUGGUUUUGGAAGAUGGAUUGAUGGCGCUUAUUUCCACAUUAAUAGUCAUUGAACCAUCCGAAAAGAUCAGGGUCAUAGACUGUGUGUAUCCAGAAAGCAGUAACGCCUUAGGCUACAGGAUCACUUAACUGAAUAUUUCUGUUUGUGAUAAUCAGGUCAUGUAAUUUGUUAGCCCUAUCCCAUUCAUUGCAAGAGGACGGCAAGACAGAGGGAGGGCUAGCAAUGGCUUGUGUUAAAGGGAAAAUUACAUUUUCUGGAAAUUACACCACGGAACUAAACAAUGACAAUCACCUAUAACUAGCUUUAUCCUCUGGGUGUUUUAUAUUUGAUUUAUGUUAUUUAUGGUAAAGGUGCACUUUAAUAUUAAAGGAAAACUAUGGGCUAGGAAUACAAAAUUAUAUUCCAAGCACUAUAGGGCUUCCCUCGCUCCCACCCCACAGCACAGAAAGGGUUAAAAUCCCUUAAUUCAGUUACCUGAGUCUAGCAUCAAUGUCCCUCAAUUGCUGGAUAAGGCUCCUCUUCCCCCGAUAUCGGGGUCCUAAUGCUCAUACGAGGCAAACGCCACGCUCACAUUAGGACAACCCCAUAGGAAAGCAUUGAAUCAAUGUUUUCCAAUGGGCUUUUAGCUGAUGCUGAAUGUAUGGCAGCCAUACAUUCAUGUAUGGCAGCCACUAGAGGGGGAGUUUACUCUGCAAUGUAAUUAUUGCAGUUUAUUAAUAACUGCCAUAAUUACCAUUGCAGGGUUAAGGGGACUGGAACACUGCACCCAGACCACUUCAAUGAAUUGGUCUGUGUGCCUAUAGUGCCCCUUUAAUAAUAUUUAUCUACAUUAGAAUAUUCCUUGUACGAUCUAGAUUAUAGGCUCUCCCUGAUGAAUAAACUCACAAUCCUGGUUUCACUAUAGUCGACACUCCUCUUUCUUGUGAGAUCAUACAGACAGAUGAUUUCUGCCAAAUAUUUCUCUGUAGAGAGUGGGCAUUUGUGGUAAUCACCGUAGUGCUCUAUUAGAAUUCUACUCCUAAAGACGCAUUACAUUGCUUCUCCGUGGGAAAAUGAAACUGAAGUCAUUAGCAAGUCCUUCUAGAGGGUAAAAGCACACAGACUAAUAAAUAUAGAAUUUUGCUUGCAAUAGUCGGUCUUCAUGGACCGCGUCCAGACACCAAAACUACUACAUUAAAGGGGGCACUUUCCCUUUUUAAUAUUAUGUUUACUUACCUGUAUAUCUAACAUUUACGCUGCAGCCACUUGCUGAAAAUAUUCAUCCUGCUGAUUUUGGGCAAAUCAAAUGUUUCUCCAUAGAGAAGCAUUGAGAGCCCAAAUGAGCAUGUGCAGUAAUUGCACCAGUGGGAUUCUGCUCAGAGAGAAGUAUGUUUUUUUGCUUCUCAGAUGUUAAAAUGUAUAUUUACACAGCAUUCUGUCAAACAAGAGGAUUCCUUCGAGUCACAGCUUUAUCCUGAAUUUUACUGUAUGUGUUUCAUUUGCAUCUCUUGCCAUACCUGACAAUCUUACUUCACUAUGUAUAUUAUUUUAUUAUAAGAAAUAAAGGCAUGUUAUAUUCUCUAUUUACUAUCCGUGUGGAUUGAAGCAUUUUUCUUCGAGUGAAAUCCAGAUCUCAUUUCCUAAUCUUACUUCCAUCCUGGAUACAUUGCAUGUUUCAUUAGUGGCAGAAAAUCAAUUGUUAAACGGUCGUAUUGUGUGACAUGAUGGGUCUGUCCUUAACUUUUUGUAUUCUUAAACUACACUUUCUUUGCAGGGAAUGCACAGUUUGAUCGGGUCCCAAUGCGAUUCUUAUGUGUCUUCACCUGAAUUUGCUUCAAAUUUGGCAUUUUUCCAACGUUUUGGCCCACUCUGCGGCUUUUAUCAAGCUUUAUAGAUGCUAGCUACAGUGCAGGCCGAACCAUUGCCAUGCUUGUUCACGUCCAAUAAAGCUGCUUAAUUUAACAAUUACAGUGCCUGGACCAUCCUUUCUUUCUUGACUAUGUGACAAUAGGAGCACCCUGUUUCUAUUUACAAGAGUGCGGCUUCCUCUUUGUGUGUGUUCACCUGGAUGCGAUUGUCCGUUAUUUGUUGAUUUUUCAUAUCACUUUCGGAAAUUGCUGUGAAACUUGCUGGAGCCAUAAACCUAAUGAAAAUCCAUACUUUAAUAUUGUAAUGAUGUCACUUUAUACACAACGUUAUGAGUUUGUUGGCUAUUAGACUCCAUUCAUUUUCUAUUCAUCCAAUUCCUGUGUUUCUGAAUCGCUUCUCCUUCUCAGCCAUCACUGUAGAGCAAAUCUUGACAUCUUUGUAUGUUGCUUUUUAAAUAAGUGCUUUUCUCUAUACAUCUCAUUUCCUCCCAGAAGUUUUCAAUCCCACGCUUCUGCAAUUUAUUUUCUCUGCAAACACAAACCCUUCAACAUCUUUCACUUUAUUACACAGAGUAUGAUUCUCCGUUUACCUUCUAAUCCUCUCACUAUGCUCUCAAUUGUUCACAAAGUACAGGGUGUUUUCUGUGUUUGGAACUUAUGAUCCAAAAGUCAGAUUGUCACCUGCAGUCGUUUUGUCUCGUCUCCAUCAUCUCUUUAACAGGGUAUGUUUCGAGAAUGUUCCCAUAACUUUGCUCUAGAAGGACUAUGGCUGUUUGGUUGUGAGAUUACAGUCAGGGUUCUUGGAUCCAUUUGUAUGUUUGUGUUUGAUAUAUUGUAUUCUUUUUAACCUGUCAUUUGACCUGUACUAUAGCAUACUCUGGAUGCAAACUCUAUAUUCUAAAUAUAAACUAAAUACUACUACUGUAUUUAACUUUGAGGUCCAUUGCUGUGUUCUGCAUCUGAGAUAUAUUUGAUGAGUUUUGACCUCCUCUCUGUGCAUGUUUUCUCAUUCAGAGACUGCACACAGCACCACACUUGCGUAGGCAUUCUUUUCUUUAAAGGGAUACUAUAAGUGCCAUCGCUCCCUCUGCCUCCCCCUUCCCAACUUCCUGGGAAGUAAAUGUGAUUUGGCAUUAGGGUUCCACAAUUAUAACGGUCCCUCCAGAUUUGGGAUUAUUGCCAAGCAUUCCAGCAACUUUAGGCUGGUGAAGAAUUUGAGAAGCCACCUAUUGUUGUACAUUUGGUUUUAAGAAAAGAAAAACGUCUCCCAGAAUUUUUUUUUUCCCUAUCCCAUGAUGGCUAGCCAACCAGCAUGUAGACCAGGGGUUCCCCAAAAGGUAGCUCCCCAGAUGUUGUAGAACUACAACUCCCAUGAUGCUUUGCAUGCCUUUGGAAUACUUUUAGAAUGACAAAGCAUCAUGGAAGCUGUUAUUUUAAAACAUCUGGGGAUCUACCUAUAGGAUCUACAUAUGUCUCCUGACAUUUUAGCCUCGUUUACUGAAUGUAAAGAUUGUCUUGUAGGUAUCGCAGUCAUUUUCACAAUUUAGCACAAACUAGUGAAAAUCAAUUCCAGCUAGUAAGUGGCUGCCAGAUUGUAUUAUUUAUAGGUAAAGCUAUUUGUAUCUAAUAUGCCUAUGCACUUUCUUUUGCUAUAAUACUUCUCCAUAAACUGGGCGAAUUGAUUGGUUUAAAAAAAAAAAUAUUGCCAUAAUUUCCUUAUUCAUUUUCUGCACGUUUUGCAUUUAUUUAAAGUUUAAAUUUAAAUCAUCCUAAUUACCGGUAAUGUCUCAGAGUAAAGUAAUGACAUCAUUCAAAUUCUACGGGUUUCUGCUCUGAUGUGGAAUUAUAGGCCUAAUGGAAGAAUUGAUGCAGCUCCUGUGAACGGGUCACAUUGGAAGAGUGAGAGAUUGGGAGUCGUGGGUGGCAGGAGAAUGAAUGGAGUCGAAUGUUCCCGUGUUUAUUCUUUCAUUGAGUUCCUACUAAAUGAUACCUGAACCUCCAUGGCACAGAUCGUUCUUGCUGUACUCCCUCCAAUGCCACAGUGGUGACAGAAUACUGGAGUAUCCUGUUAUUUAAUGACAAACAAAUUAAUUCUAAAAAAUAGGGAAUCACCAGGGAAUUGAAUUUUGUGUCAAGCUGAACGUAAAAACAAAGUUGAGUUGUAGCAUUUCUACAAUUUUAACUUGAAAUUUUCAGUUCUCAUGUUUAGUGAAUAACGCUUUAUCGGCCAACACAGAGGACAUCAGUGAAGAUGUAUAAAAGGGAAAUCUGUGUCACACAAGGAGCCAAUCUCCCUUUUUUGAUGUGCACAGCACAUUUUAUUGGGGUGUACAGCAUGAGUUUUAUUCUUAAUAGUCAAUGAGCUAACUUAAUUUUUUUUCUACUUGCUGUAUCAAUUAUGACCAGUAGGGGCUUCUCCAAUAUCUUAUAUUUACUGCAUACUUCAAUGCUUCUUCAUCUUCUUCAGUCCUUAUUAUUAUUGGUAUUUAUAUAGCGCCAACUAUUUCCGCAGCGCUUUACAAUAUUAUGAAUGGGGAGGGGAGAUUUGCAAUAAAUGUGACAAUUACACAAUGACACAGGAACAAUAGGUAGAUGACAAUAAAUGGCAGGGGCCUAUACUAAGUUAUUGAAUCUAUAAUAAGUCUGCUUGACUUGGUGACUGCUUACUCUAUAGCAGAGGUGGGGAACCUUCGGCCCUCCAGAUGUUGAGGACUACAUCUCCCUUGAUGCUUUGCUAGCAUUAUGGCUGCAAUAGCAUUAUGGGAGAUGUAGUCCAAAACAUGUGGAGGGCCGAAGGUUCCCCACCCCUGCUCUAUAGGGUAAUGUAAAGCAGAGACUAAAAUGUUGUACCUUUUAGUUAAUAUAUGUAGCACAUCUAGUAUACAUUGGACUGCAACUACUAAUAGGGUUAGCCAUCUGUGUGGUUUUGUUCUCCGUAUUCAUUAUAGUAUCGGAGGUUGUCAGUGCCUGCCAAUCCAAUGCAUCAUGCUCGUCUUGCUUCCAAAUGACAUUAAUUAUUUUGUGUUAUUGCUAGUCCAAAUGGCAAAACUGUUGCAAUAAUGAUGCCAAGGCUCAGCGGGAGAAUUGUAAUUGGUGUUUUAUUUAACGCACAGGUCCUCAAAGUCAGUUCUCCAGAGCAAUUAACGGGUAAUAUAUUUGCUUCUUCUUUCAUAACUUGGAAAUGUUAAAUCCGGUUGUGUCUACUGCUGGGAAUCGCCCGGGGAGCUACCGACUUUAAAAUCAGGCCUUGCGGAACAUUUUUGGAACCUGAAUAGGGAUUUUGAAAAUUAAGUAUGUGAUAUAAUUUGUUCCUGUUGAUUCAUUGCAGCUCUUAUUUAUGAGAUGUCUUGAAGGCAAUCAGUCAUAACAAAUACAAACCAUUAUAUUUUGAAAGACCUGUAUGUUUUAGAAAUAGAUCUUACUAGCUAAGCAGAUUGUUUUAAAUUUGUUUCACUCCCAGGUAUGUGUCCUGCACAGGGUACAGAAUUUCCUUUUUAUAAAGGGUUUCCCUGCUUGUCAUUUGGUAAACUACACGUGCAGCUUCUUACAUUAUUCUGCUACUUUGGAGGAGACAGCUGUUGAUAUGAGGAAUCUUUUAAUAUGUUCUUAACUGCAGCUGUAUCUCGACUGUUCUCCACAUUUUUGUGGAGAACAGAAUCCCUUUCAAAAAUAGAACAUCUACACAAAAGUUAGUGCCAUUAAAUUAUUUUGUAUUCUGCAAAAAUAGUGAUUGUUGUACUUUAAAUCGAUUUUCAACUCUAUAUGCCGAAGUAGAUAAUGUGCACAGUUAUUGGUAUGUGAUAAUAGUGAAUGCUCUAAAAACACCUGAGUAUAAUCCCCAAACACCACUCCAAUAAAAUCAUAAAUUAUACAGACAGUAGGUGGAGCGUUCGCAACAUAUCUCUGUAGAGAAACAAGAAAUACAAAAAUAGUACAAUGUAACUUGUUCAAAUCCUAUAUACAGCCAGUAUCAAUAGUAACACUCACAAGCAUGGAGCCAGAUUGAAACAUGUGGCUCACAUGAAAAACGCAGUGGGACUCUUAUCAGGAUGUCCUCGGCCUUCUGUAGUUGGUAUAAACAGCAAAUGAUGAAGCUGAUCCUCUCCAAAGAAAAAAGGUCCUUUUAUUUCUUGUAAAAAAAAUAUCAAAUGUAAAAUAUAGGAUACUAUAAAAUUGGGUAUACUUUUCCAAUAAUAAAGUUUGUGGCUUAUGCCUCUAGAAGUCUUCUGAUAAUCCGAGACGCGUUUCGCCAUGUGACAAGGGCUUCCUCAGUCGGUAUAGUGUCUACAAGCUCAUUAGCGUCUCGCCAGUGACCCUAUUCUGUAUCCGGUCUUCUGUAUUUGGAACGCAUUGUGCGUUCCACCCCGUGCCGCUGGAACUUCCUGGUCACACCUCUCACACGUCACUGGAACGCAUGACAUGUGUUAGUGCAUUCCUUCAUCGGAACGGUGGAACGGUAUCUAUUCCACCUCGUUAAUACAAAGUGAAAUUAGCACGGAUAUAGGAACGCUAUUACCUCAUUACAGAUAGUGCAUUAAUUUGUUAAAAUACAGCCUAAAGAGAAAAAGCAGUAUAAGUAUAUAUCAAUCGAAGGGAUAUAUUGUUGUAUUAAAAGGUUUUAUAAGUGUUUAAAAUAUUGCAUAAUAGCAUGAAUAGAAGCAUUGUUCCAACUGUAAUGUAUAAACAAAUGUAGUGAAGAGAAAUACAUGCGUUUAAAAAAAAAAAAAAAAAUUUAUUUAAGAAUACAUAACUAAAAAAAGUGAUAGGGUUCAAAGUUAUUUAAACCAUAUGGGACAAGAGUAAUACAAUUUGAAAUACAUUUCAUUUAUUCCCUAUCUUUUUGUUGUAGUCCCCUCCUCUCCAGUCUUUUCUUACUAGUUUUAAAGUGCAAAAGAAAAGGCCCUUCGGGCUUUGGCUAUAGAACAUCCUAAAGUGUUUGGAGACAUUCUGAGACUUCUAUAUGCCGAAAGCUAUUUUAACUCCACAGAGCUGAAGUGGAUGAUGAGAACUUUGAUAUUCGUAUGUGUGAAUUCAUUUCUAAAUGUGAGAGUAUGAUUUAAACAUUGGUGGGACAAGUGACAUUCAGUCUUAAAAUCGAACUGGUGACUUUAUUUUUGUAUCUUUCCAUUAUUACUUUUUUUUUCUGUCCUUCCUUAGAUAUGCAGACUGAUCUCCGAAAAAGGAAAAAAGUCACAGAAGAGAACAAUGCUUCAUCUAAAGAAACCAUGGGUGAGAAGAAAAACAAGAAAGAAAAUAUGUCUCUAUUUUGGUAUAAGUGCUUAAAAAUGGCUGGACUUGUGCUAUUUUUAGUUGUUAUUCUGUUAGUAGCCAAGGUUUACCGUGACAACGAGGUGGUGAAACGGCAGGAGGCAGCUCUGAGGUCUCUUGGCAAUGAGGGUCUCUUUCUUUUCUCUUCAUUGGACACUGAUAAAGACAUGUUCAUCAGCCCAGAAGAGUUUAAGCCAAUAGCUGAGAAACUAACUGGAGUUUCUCCUACAUCCGACUACGAGGAAGAGGAGAUUCUGGAUCCAAAUGGAGAGACCUUGACAGUGACCGCUCAUUUCCAACCCCUACUUAUGGAAACUAUGACAAAGAGUAAAGAUGGAUUCUUAGGAAUCACACACAGUGCUCUGUCGGGAUUAAGAAAUUGGACCACUGCAGCAUUACCUAGCAAUGUGUUAUUUGCCAGGAACUUUAAAGCCUUCCUUCCGCCAAAAAAUAAAUUUGAUUUGGGAAAUCCUUGGUGGAUCAUCCCAAGUGAGUUAAACAUCUUCACAGGUUACCUCCCUAAUAAUAGAGUGUAUCCCCCAGCUCCUAAAGGAAAAGAAAUUAUUAUACAUAAACUUCUUUCCAUGUUUCAUCCACGUCCAUUUAUAAAAACCAGAUUUGCUCCACAAGGUUCAGUGGCAUGCAUUCGAGCAAUCAGUGAGUUCUACUAUGACAUUGUUUUCCGGAUACAUGCAGAAUUUCAACUCAACGAACCUCCAAAUUUUCCUUUCUGGUUCUCUCCAGCUCAGUUUACUGGUAAUAUUAUAAUCUCAAAAGAUGCUUCUCACGUGAGAUAUUUCAAGAUGUUUGUUCCUAAUAACCGGAGUUUGAAUGUUGACAUGGAAUGGUUGUAUGGAGUCAGUGAGAGUAGCAACAUGGAAGUAGACAUUGGGUAUCUGCCUUUGAUGGAGCUGGAAUCUAUGAGUCCUUCAAUCCCAUCUGUGAUAUUUGAUGAAAAUGGAGAAGUUAUCGAUAGCAGGAAUUCCGAAGGAGAACCAAUAGAGUUUGUUUUUGAAGAUAUAAUCUGGCAGUCUGAAAUAAACUGGCAAGAGGCUGCCAAAAAACUAGAAGUAAGCAUGUAUCCAUUUAAAAAGGUGUCAUACCACCCUUUUACAGAAGCUUUUGAUAGAGCGUCAGCAGAGAAAAAACUUGUGCACUCUAUUUUACUAUGGGGUGCUUUGGACGAUCAGUCCUGCUGAGGUUCAGGGCGAACUCUCCGAGAGACCGUCUUGGAGAGUUUGCCCGUUCUUGCCUUGCUCAACGAGAGCUUUAUAAGCAGUUGGUCACUGGUAAAAGAGUUGGAGGAGCUUCAAAACAACAAAGACAAUGGUUUAUAUGCAACAUUUGCUUCUCUUCACUUGGAGAAGUAUAACUUUCCAGUAGAGAUGAUGAUCUGUCUUCCUAACGGAACAGUCAUUCAUCAUAUUAAUGCCAACCAUUUCCUGGACAUCACAUCCAUGAGGCCUGAAGAAAUAGAAAGUAGCAUGUUUAGUUUUUCUAAUGGUUUGGAGGACUUAUCCACUUCAACCUAUGUUAAAUUUCUCAAAGAAGGGAUAGAAAAAGCAAAAACAGUUUUGGAAGUCUAGUUUGUUGGUUUUUGUUUUCAAUUUUUCACUAGUAACCACUAAUUUUCUACAUUAGUUGAAACCUAAUUGUCCUUUGUGCAUAUAGUGAAGACUAAACCUUAAAAACCAUAUGAUAUCCAUGUACCACGUGUCACACUCUUAUGCAGAAUAGUCUUGAAGGUAUAACACCUAUCUAAGGAAGGAAUCGCUUUGUCAACUUUCCCAAAACAAGGUAAAUAGUAAAGGUUGACAGGCUAUUCUGGCAUGAGCACAGGUGUAAUUGGCAGAAUAAGAUCCUGUAUUGCCUGUGCUCAUAUUGACAGGUCAUGAAAUAGUCACUACUGGUGUUGAGUCCCAAUUUUGGAACUUUGAAAACAAACCAGAAGCCUUUGAGAAAACAGGGUUAUUCAAUAAAGUGCAGCUGAACUGAAACCAAAGGUGAGAUUUUUUUUUUUGCGUUCAGUUCUAUUUUCACAUUAAAUUUGAAAUUCAAAUCUUUGAAUUCAUGUUGAAUUCUCACUUGAAUGAAUAGCCCUGAAUUAUUCAAGCCAAAUGAGAGGACAGUGACUGGACAAUGCUAUUGAAACACUCCAGUUUUGAUUCAGUGGGAUAAAACCUCAACCAUCAUUGGUCUUUUUGAUGAUCUGCAGGGUACAUUUUGAGAGGUCAAUGCUAGCUUUUGGGUUUGAUCUUCAGAACACUAUAAACAUGAAUUCUUAAGUUUGCACCUGUGGAAUCAACCACUCCUACACAUGUAGACAGAUGAAACAAACCAAUGUUUUUACGGGGGAAAACACUUUGUUUAUUCAAUACAUUUGUGUUACAGAUAGAGGUAUAUUAAACACACACACACACUCAAUCUCGCUGUCUGUCUCUGUCUUUCCUUAUUCACACAUUAUAUUAAAAGUAUUUUAGUCAAAUAACAUCACGUGAACCUUCUAUUACUCUUGCAGAAAUCUGUGUUCUUUCUGUUUGAGACACCGUGAUUAAUGGCAAACUUAGCCUGCUGCAUAUACUGUUUAUUUCGUUUUGUAGCACCAACUAUGUAUUCAUGUAAAUAUUUCGUGGUUGCCGUAGAAACCAGAGGAAUCAGGCUGAUUGUUCCACAUUUAGGACCUUGCUGGUAUGCUCAGUAUGUAAGUCCAACACCAUGGUGAAGGCAACAAAACAUUUCUCAUUUAUCAAAUGAUAAAUUAACACUUUUUGCAUUACCUCCCAACUUUGUGCGGUGUUGUAUCAGGAUGGAUGGGUGUAACCAGUAACGCAACUUGCGCAAAUUACAGCAUUGCUCAGACUUCUAAAUGUGGAACCAUCACCACGGACCAAGGAAGCCUUCCUGCUGAUUCCCUUCCCUUACUUUCCCCUAGUGUGUUUGUAGAAUAUUCAGUAUUUAAUCUACGUCUGUUAGGUCAGCACACACGUUUUUAUAUGCAAGCAAAAUUCUCUUUUAUAUAUAUUUUUGUAUUCUUUAUAAAAGGUAGAGAUUUAUUAACUAUUUUCUGGAUGAGCUGCUCUUCUUGAUGGGCUAAUCUCAAAUUAACUUUUAACAGGUUAGACCGGAGUUCUCUUGACAGUUAUUUAGGAAAUAAAAAUAAAUCUCUUGUUUGUUCACUUUAUUUUUUAAUUGUGCUUCAUUAUACCUCAAGUAUUGUUCCACAAUCUGCCUUUAGAGUAUUAUUCGUACAGUCAAUGCAAUACUAGAUGCUAAACGUGGACCCUGUUAUCUUUCAAUUAGCUCAUUUCUAGAAUACGUUAACGUGACACAACCAUGUCGACAUCAGUCUCCUAAAUAACUACACAUUUUUAAUCCUUUACACUUUAAAGGAAUACUAUAACAACUAUUGCCCACAGUUGUGGUUAUUGUGUCAUCCUUUUUAAAGAGAUAAACAAUUUAACAAUGGUUUGACACAUACCAGGGUCUCCCGUAUUUUGUGCAACGUUUAUCUUAAUUUGUUUACUCCAAUUCACAUUUCCAUUUGUGAAUGUAGUAGAUAUCUCAGUACACACAUUUUUGAAAGGGACAUUAAAGGGACACUAUAGUCACCAGAACAACUACAACUUAUUGUAUUUGUUCUACGGAGUAUAAUCAUUACCUUCAGGCUUUUUGCUGUAAACACUGUCUUUUCAGAGAAAAUGCAGUGUUUACAUUACAGCCUAGUUAUAACUCCACUGGUUACUCCUCAGAUGGAUGUUAUAGGUGCUUCCUGGGGCAGUGCUGCACAGUGUGACUGACAUUCAGUGUCGCCAUCCUCUGUAUGCAGACACUGAACUUUCCUCAUACAGAUGCAUUGAUUCUCUAGAAGGAGAUCUUGAUUGGCCAGGGCUGUGUUUGGCUUGUGCUGGCUCUGCCCUGAUCUGCCUCAUUGACAGUCUCAGCCAAUCCUAUGGAAAAAAACAUUGUGAUUGGCUGAGAGAAUCACUUCUCAUGAUGUCAGCCAAGCAGGCAGAUGAGGCAGAGCCAGCAGCUGCAGACUUGAACAAAAGUAAGAUUUUACAAUAUUUAGGGAGGCAAGGGUGGGUCAGGGAAAUACAUGAGAUAACCAUAUUGACAUUGUAGUGAGGUUUGCUAUAGACUGCAAAUAUGGGAACAUUUAUAAAAGUGCAACACUCCAUAGAAAUGUUCCACUGCUUUCCAUCGAGACUGCUCCAUUUUUAGAACUUUGCACUCAAUUGCUCUUUAUACAGAAUGUCCUAGUGUAACUUUUUCUGUAAAUGAAAAUCAAUUUUAUUUUAGAAUUCCUGCAGGUGUCCAAGGUGUGCUGUCAAAUCAACACUGUGCUUGGUAUUGCCCUGCUACACUCAAACCCAGUGACUGCAAUAUGCACAUGGAAAUCACUUCAACCAAGCACACACACUUUGUUGGUUCUUUUAAAAAUUGGAUCGUAUUAAUAGACCGUCCCAAAUUAAUACUAGAAGGGUUUUUUUAAAAAUAAAAUAAAAAAAGGGCCACUUUGAUCAGUAUUUUCAUGGCCAGUUAGAAAAUGCUGAAUGUUGGCAGUUUAAUAUAAUCAAAGGUAUAGUCUUAGUUAAAAUGAAUUGUAUUUAAAUGCACCAAAAAUAAAUUGAAUCUAUUGAUCUUUGGAGCUUUAGGUUUGAAGGUAUAGUAACCGUAUAGUAACAGAAUAUUCAGUAGUGAUUGUGAUGUGCUGGGAGAUUCUCCCACAUUGCUUGUGAUUGUACGCACUAGUGUUUUUUUACAUUUGUGUAAUCCGUCAACAUAAAAUGUAACCUGUGGAAAUGUCCCCAUAUAAUCUAUUACUAUGCAUACAGCUCUGUUCUUGUCUUUUCUACCUCAUGUGAACAAUGCUAGUGGUUGAGCCGGUUUCAUGUAAAUCAUGCUGUUGGCUACAGGUGUCUUAUGUUUAACUACUUUUGUAUACUAUGCAUAUGGUAAUAGAAUAUUAGUGUGUUAUUAAAGGGACAGUACACUCUAUAUACAACUCAUCAUUUUGUGACUUAUUAAUGUGCUUAGAUUUUAGCUUCGGAUAAAUAUUGUGGGGUACAAUAAUAAAAAAUAUAUUUACGCUAAACUUGGCGGGUUACUGGUGUUGUAGUUCACCGUCCGUUAUAAGGUUGUGCUUUGCUCAGCUUUGGCAUAAAUACUUUCUACCUUUAGCUCUCUGUUAUUUCAUCACUUUACAAUAAGCAGGUACCUGGGAACUUUGCAGAUCAUCUUCUUGCAAGAGCUUGGUAUUCUCAUCUGAUGGCGGUUAUAGCUAUGAUGAUCCAGGGUUUGGGUGGAUGGCAAAGGAGGGACAACCAAUGAAAUUGGGUUCAUGUAAUUUUAUUGCAGAGGUGAGCAUUAAGUGGGUAAGGCCCUAGUGGUGCUGAAUGAGCUGCCCCGGUAUUUAGAUAUCUACCCAAGCCCAGCAAAUCUCCUAUUAUACACAUACAUCAGCCUAACAACACAUGUUCUUGUCCUAUGUUUAAAGUCCUUCUCAAUGUGAACAAUAGGUGAUCAUUCUAUUGCCUACAGAUUGGCGCCUUAGUUUUACUUAAUGAGAGUUGUCUAUCACUCAGUAUAUUGUCCUAUAUUGAUGUGUGUGCCAAAUUAGCAAACUGUACCAUCAUUUCUUUUUGUAAUGUAAGAAAACCAUUUUUAUACAUUUAUUAUAUCUCUUGUAUCUACUGUAGCGGGUGGAAGGAGUCAGUUAUCAUUUCCUGAAUUAACUGUUUUUGUGACGGUUUAUUCGCAAAAUUACCUUUUGGUAACGCGUUAAACUUGAAUGUUUGUUUUUAACAGUCACGAGUCAGGAUUUAAAGAUUAACUCCAUCCUCCCAUGGAUAAGUAAUGUUUUGGGUUUUUUUUUUUCCUCUCUCUCUCUUUUCUUGAGUAGAAUUUAAAAUAUUUCUUUUUGUAGAUCUGAUCUUCUCAGGAUUUCAUCAUUCUUAACAUUUCAGAGUUCUCGAGAAUUGUACUGAUUUACUGUUAAUAAUAAAAGCCAUUAAUGUCUGUGAU